AUGAGUUCAACGGCUACAGUAAUUUUGACUUUUCUCCUCAUAACGAUUGUCUGCGCACAAACGAAUCGAUGCUAUUCGUGCGCCAGUGGUUCUCUCAAUCGUCGAUGGGGAAUCACACAACUUCGAGCCUCAAAAACCAUCGUUUUCGACACACAACAAACGAAAAAGUGCAAAGAUAUCAAUAAUGAGGACUCUCCUUAUCUCGUGAAUUGCACAGGAGCUUGCAUGGAUUUAAUCUUCCAAGAUCCCGAUUCAUUGAAUCAAGCAGAAAGCGAUGAUCUUUUGUAUGUUAGAGGCUGCCAUAGCGAGCUUACCGGCGUCACUCAAACCCAAGGGAUCAAUCUACAAAAUAACGAGUAUUGUGAGUAUGAUGCAACAUGGAAUACUUUCAAGUGUGACGGAACAAUGACCGAUACAGAAGCAAAUUUUAGGCUAUGCACUGGAGAUAAAUGCAACAAUCACAAAGGUGUUGAUGGAACUGGAAUCUGUGCACACACUUCAGUGACCGAUCGUCAAUGUUUCGAAUGUGAGAAAGUGAAUGGAGAAUGCCGGAAUAAGAAAAGAGACCCAGCUUCAAGAAAAUCGAAGAAAUAUUGCACUAAAUCUUACACAAAACUUGAUGGAACAAACACCUAUUAUGUGACCCAAUCAAAUUCGGAUAUCAAUCUCUACUAUGUGCCGAACUUUUGCACAGCUGCCCGCCAAACUUCUACUCCAAUCGGCGGUCUUACCGUAGCUCAUGGACAGGUGGUGCAAUGUGUCUGUUCUGAUCAAGACAGAUGCAACAACAGUCCAAUCCGAGCUUUCAUCUCUUCAUCUCUUCUCAUUUUUGUUUCUUUCCUCUUCAAA